UUGGGUAUGAGUGUGACUGUGAAUCUGGAGGCGUCGUCGGCCAACAAACUGCAAAUUUUGCCAACGGUUUCAUUUACAAAGGAAGGAAUGGAAGAUGUGCCUGUCUAUUCGCCUCUGACUCCCCAGAAUUCCACACUUCUGCCUGCGACUUUUGUCUUGCGCUUAAACACACCACUGCCCGUGUGUCAGACCCUUCUGCGCACCAUCAUGCCCGCUCAGACCACUGAACCUGGUGUGGCUGCUGUUCCCGGAGAAGGAGGUACUAAGCCUCUGGUGGCAUCAUCGAUCAUGAAGCUCGUCAUACAAACUGCCUCCGAAAACCAAAUCCAGAAUUCUUCGAGAGGUUUGUUUGUCUGUCUACCCGAUCAGACACAUUGCUAUUUCUUUACAGAAAAUAAACUAAUGAAGGCAUCUAUUGUUUCCAGUGUGCCAUUUACAGAACCCUCUCAAGUGCCCAAGAUCCUAGCCGUUCUCAAGAAACAUGCGCUCUUCUAUACUCUGCUGUCGAGCUGUGUCCGGCCUCAGACUAAGUUGGGAGACAUCGAAUCGACAACUAUUCUCGACGUUAAUGCGAUUUCAUUUAAUCAAAUUUCCGUGGCCCUCGAGCAUCCGUAUGAGGAGUCCAUGGCCACAGUCGAAUUUAAUUUAAACGACUCUGGCUUGGUAACAUGUGAGAUCUAUUCGCUGUCCAACAACUAUGAAUCCUUAGCUGCGAACUUAACCCUAAUCGUUCAGCAGAGUCUGUCGAUACCCAUAACUAUAAGAAGCCUACUUAAGUAUUGGAAUCAGGAGCGUAUGAAGUGUUUUCAGCGCGGUAACGGCGGAGACUAUGGAAAUUUUAGCCUACCUCAGGGUCCAAUCGACCCCGGAGGUAGAGGAGGUGACUUUCGUGAUAUAAAAGGUCCCAAACCUGGAGUCACUGACCGUGGGGGAUCGAAUUUCGGUGGAGGAAACAAUCGACCGUUCUUUCAUACCACCGGACUAACAGCUACCGGAGCUGAGGGGUUUCCUGAACUGAGUUCAUCGGUCGGCCCUGUGGCUGGGGGAGCGAACAACCUGAUGAAAUCACAAUUCAAUUCCGAAGUAAAGCAAGAGGAUUUUUGUAAAAGCCCAAAGAGUAACCAUACAUUGCAGUCUGAUAUAAGCAGCAACGACUCCAGCUCUUUGGGCCAAUUGUCAGCAGGAGCACAAAAAAGUGGCGGCAACUCCCACGGGAUUGCGGCUAAAGUAGCUACCGCUGUUGCAUCCGGAGUCGCUGUAUCAACAUCAUCCACCAAUGCCACCGCAACAUCGACGGCGUCGGCGCUUUUAAAGAGCGAAGAGCGAAGCGCUGAUAUUGCUGGGAAGUACCAGAAAAUAUGGAAGGACAAAACCAACACCGUAAAGAAUACCGUCAGCAUAACACCCAUUUCGAGUUCCUUGGAGUCGGUAGUUCAUCCAUCACAAGGGAAUCUAGAGAAAAGGCCUGGAAUCGAGAUUAUCCCCCUCACAGCGCCACAAUCACAGAAUUCAAUGGCAUCUACGAUAACGAUUACUCCAAUCAAUUCCACAGCAUCUGCCUCAACCCCGACUAUUCCUACGGUUUCAGUAACGGGAGUGAAGGGCACCGAAAAGAAAAGUUCCAGUUCUGGGAAGCGUUCAGCAGAAGACAGAGAUAGCAAGAGUGAAAAGAAGCGGAAGAAAAAGCGCGAAGAUUCCCCCAUGGGUCCACCAGAAAAGCUGUAUUCUCGUCAGAACUCGCCAGGAUCCGAUCCCAUAUCGAGAAAAUACUCCCCACAGACAACCGCUUCCAUGGCUCUGCCAGGCACGAAGCCUUCUCCAAAACACUCUCCAGUCUACACAAGUCCAAAACACGCAUCGUCCAGUCCCAAGAGUCCUUUUGGCACAUUGUCUCCCAAGCACGGGAGCUCGGGGAAACCCAGUAUGUCCACUCUGAAGAACGCCACAAGUCCUAAGAGUGAAAAAUCUACACUCGCACUGCCUACACGACCCCUGUCUUCGCCUGGGUUGUCGUCUUCAAAAAACCGCGAUAAGGACGGCAAGGAAAGACUGCUUAGUGUGCCCAACCAAAACUCGAAAACUCCAACAAGCCCGAAAGUGAAGUCGGCAACGAUAAAACUCAAACCCCUGGACGUUGGAAACCAUUUGGGAUUCUCAGGUUCGCCGGAUGAAACUGACAAAGGUCGUAAGAGCUCAUUGAAUGCAGUGAUAGAUAAGCUCAAAUCCUCCCAGAAUUCUUCCGACGGGAUCGAUAAGUUGAGUAACUCCGGAAUGUCAAGUGAUUUAACUCCGGUCACCCCAGGCACUCCCGGUUCGGAGUACAUGGUCAAGCCGGGCCAAGACGGCAUAAAGAUCACAAUCAAUAAGACAAAAUCGAAGGACAGUGGUGGUGGAGGCGCCACUUUCAAUCGUUCAAAGACAGUUAACAGCAAACCCGUGGAAACAGGGAAUAAUUCUCCCAAGAAGCACACCGGCCUGAAACCGGGAGUAAAUAGCGGACCAGCCUCCAAAAAGUCUUCCUCAACACUUCCAUUUCCUGCCGCCCCACCAUUGCCUUCGAACAAAUCGUCGUCCGGUAGCAGCAUGCAAAGCACAAAGCACAACUUUCAAAAGUCCAACUCAUCGGGGAACCUUUCCACGAAGCUCUCCACCGGUUCCACGGGUGGAAGUUCUCUGACCAAAUCACACAGUACAAACUCUUUUCAUUCGGAUUCCUUUCGCAAAUCAGCUUCUUCCUCGUCGUCUUCCUCCUCGAGCAACAACAAGUCGAGGUCAACUUCGAGUUUCAUUGAGAAGGUUACACCUCGACCAGAUCCCACGGACAUGAUGAAGAUUCUGCAAUUUGCGUCCCCCAACAUGGCUGCAAUGGAGGGAUUCAUGAAGACUUUCAACUCGAAGUUCCAAAUCCCGAAAUUGUCAGCUAGAAAUUCGAACUCACAAGCUCACGAUGGGGACAAGCCACGGCCUAUUUCAGCACCCACCACGCCUGCCACAUCCUUCACGCCAUCUCCAACGCCAAGCAGUUCCGAGAGCAGCGGCAACAGCAACGAUUCCAACAAGAACUUGACGAAAAUUUCCGGUCCCGCACAACCGAACAAAGCAAACACUGUCGGAGUCGGUGAAAAAUUCCCCAAAAGGCUGACACAGCAGCAAAAUGAUUUGGAACUGUUUCUCGUUGGGCGUUCAUGUUAAGCAGACUCUUUCCAGCCUGAGUUAACAUUGAUUGUGAGAUGUGCUGAAGUGCUGUGCUAUGCUGUGACUAUGCUAACCACUGAAAUGGGUGUUCACUGAGAAUCAGAAGGCGGAAAUCGUAUUUCCUUUAUUCAGCACAAACUAAACUUCAGAUGAUGAUAUCCAGUUUUCUAUUCCGAGUUCAUCCAAGUUGUUCAUUGCAGUGAACGCGCUUUGGAACCUUGGAUGAUCUUGCUAUAAAAAACUGGACCUAACAUAAAUUAUAUAAAAGAAAAAUGUCUUAAUUAAGUACAAACAAAUUAAAAAGAAAACAAACAAAUGUAGAAAGAUGAUGAGAAAGCUUAAUUUAAAUAAAAUUAAAUUUUUUGACAAAAUAAAUAGAAAUUAAGUUGGAUGAUUGAUGCCUUAAGAAAAAAGAUAUUUUUAUUUUUAACUUAUGUAAGUUUAUACGAUUAACUUCAAUAAUUAUUAUUCCUGUGUCGAAAAUUAUUGAUUCUUUUGUAGUUUAAGAGUUUUUCGGGAUUCGAAAUAUUUUGGUAAACGAAAAGUUUAGUUUUUGUAUUAAAAUAAAAUAUUUUAAGUUGUAUUUUUUUUAUUAUUAUGAUCAAUUUUAUAAAGAAACCCAAAUUAAUUUGCAUUCUUGACAUAACAUAAAUAUUUUAUAUAAAUGUAUUCUUUUUUGUUUAAAUAAUAAGUAAUGAGAAAAAGCAUAAAUAGCAUGAGAGACAGUUGGGGGCAAUAGUGUGAAAUAAUAAAGCAAAAGCAAAACAAUUUGUAAAUAUUUAUACAAAACAAAUAAAUAAAUAAAAUUAAAAAAAAGAAGAUAUUUCAUGUUUGGGAAAAUAAAAAUAUUUAAAUAAAAAAUUAUUUAUUAUGUAAAAUUUGAAAAUAA